GCAACCAGCUCCUCGUUGUGCUCUCCCCCGCUUCCUCUACCCCCGAGCCGAGCUCCGCAUUUCCCCUCUCUACUCGACACUGUCGAGUCCCUAACAAGUCGCAGCAGCGAUGUACUCGUCCUACUGGAAGCCCAACGAUGGGCGCGAGUCCAAUGUGCUGACGGACCACGAAGCGCUGCACCGUGAUGAGGCCACGCAUAAGGCCAUGCAGUCCGACGAGACGACGUUGCGUCCUCUGGAUCUGGAGACUAUCAUGAGCUCUAAAGCCGCCGUCAAGUUCUGGUAUCUUCACCGCCCUAAAACCAUGGCUUACGUCCACAAGAAUGCCACCAAGAUCCAGAGUCUGGGCCGCGCCUUCGCCGUGCGCAGGUUGCGCGAGAAGCACGGCGCAGAGUACGUGGCCGAAUUGGCGAGACAGGACCAGGCGCGUCGUGACGCUGACGCGCUCAAGGACCUCUCGGAUGAGGAGCGCGCGGCCAAGGAGCUAAACGACGCCGCGUACGACGCGCGCGUGGAGGAAUCUCGUCGCCUGCGUCGCGAGCAGAUUGAGGCCGAACACCGUGCCGAGGAGGAGCUGCGCAUGAAAAUGGCGGCUGAGGCCUCGGAGCGUCGACGUCUCGAGGAAGAGCGCAAGGCCGCGGCUCUGGCAGCCCAGGAGGAGGCCGAGCGUCUCGCUGAGGAGGAGCGUAUUCGCAAGGAGGCGGAGUCCGAAGAGGAGCGUCGUCGUCAGGAGGAAGAGACCGCGCGUCUCGAGGAACUUCGGCUGAUCGGGGAGGAGGAGCGUCGUGCUGCUGAAGAGGCCGAGGCUGCGCGUAAGGCGGAAGAGGAGCGUUUUGCCGCGGAGGAGGCCGCGCGACUGGCUGAACUGGAGGCGAUCCGCGCCGAGGAGGAGCAAGAACGUCUCGCGGAGGAGAAGCGUCUUCGUGAAGAGGAGGAGGAGCGUCUGCGUAUUGAAGAAGAAGAGCGUCUUGCUGAGGAAGAGCGUAUUCGUAAAGAGGAGGAGGAAGCUGUCUUCUUGGCGAUUCACGUGCGCGAGGAAGAGGAACGUAUCGCUCGUGAAGAAGAGGAGGCGCGUAUCCGUGAGGAAGAGGAGCGUCGUGCGCGCGAAGAGGGCGAAGAGCGCGAGCGCAAGCUGGCCGAGGCAGCUCUUGCUGCGAAGCGCGCAGAGGAGGAGGCCGAGCGUCUUCGGUUGGAGCGCAUCCAGCAGGAGAAGAACGAGAAGUACGAACAGUCUCUGUCUAAGGACGUGCCUGUGCUUGUUCGUAAGCGAGGACCGGGCCGCGUCGUCAGCUACGACAAGGAACGUGAGACGUACGCUGUUAAGAUGGAAAACUCUAUGGGCGGCAUGCAGAUCACCGUCCCUAGCGACGACGUCAACCUUGAUGACGACCGUAUCUUGUCGCCACGUACCAAGGUGGACACGCCGUUCGGUACGGGUGAGGUUGUGGGUCUAGACCCGCACGUUGGAUGCUACGCUAUCAACACGGAGGUGAACGCACCAGACGACGAUCAGUUUUUGGCUUUCGUUCAGAUCAACGACGUGACUGUGCACGUGGAGGAAGAGGAGGAGCGCGCUAUUGUGGAAGACGCGUCGUUGCCAAUCCCCGAUGAGAUCGGUUUGGUGUCGGCUCGCAUCGUUGACAGCCGUAUCGUGAACCGUACGGGCAAGAAGUUCAUUCAAUACAAGCUGGAGAUUCGCACGAACAACUACGGCACGGUGUUCUGCUGGAAACGUUACAGCACCUUCCGUUCGUUGUGUGACCGCCUCAUGAAGGAGAACGGCAUGAAGCGUCGUGACAUUCCGGAGCUGCCGCACCGUCACGUCGUGGGCAACUUUUCGCAGAAGACGAUCGGUGAGCGUGCCGAGAAGCUGAACUUGUUCCUGAACGCCGCCGUGAGGGCCGAGCACUUGCAGUGGGGUAUUCGUGUGGACGACCAGAUCGCCGUCUACAAGCGCCGUAACAAACGUGUAUCGCAACCGAGCAGUCAACCUGGCAGCCGCGGCAGCCGUAACAUUUUCUCGCGACGACGAGGUGAACCAGCGUGUUUUCAGUAG